UCUAUAAAUUAAUCUGUUUCUGCUGUUGCUUUUUGGCCUACCAAAAGUAAAAAUGUUGCAAACCAAAAACAUGACAGCGGAACAACGCCGAAACCGGAAGCUGAAAAUCUUCAAAUCCGUAAUGACCGUAAGCUGUGCAUUGAUAUUUUGUUGCGGCAUUUUUCAAAGCGUCGAACUACUGACCUUCUGUGGAAGAGAUUUUCGGACAACUAUCGCGUUCGACUCGAGAUAUGAACAAUUGUGCAUGACCAUUACUGAGAUAUUGCUGGCGAUCGCUGGGGUCUUUGGCAUAUAUUGGCGUAAAGCUGGUCCAGUUUACAUUGUCGCUGUGUCCUUUUUAUUAUGCACAACCAUGGUUUUUCAUCUUGUUGAUUUUGUAAUGGGAAUUAUUUCCAUGUAUGAUAAGGACGGAAAAAUGGAAGAUUCGGGGCAAUUUUUACAAAAGCUAAUUGUGUCGUAUAAAGAUGGAGAUAUGUUGUCCAUUCAUAAGUUGAAUGGUUUACAAAUUUGUAAAGAAUGUUGCGGGAUUAAAGGCCCAGAAGAUAAAGCCAUUCAUUCUGAUGAUACUGGAAAUGGAUUAAUUCGAAGUUGCUGCCCUGAUGAUAAAGCUGCCACGUGUACCCUACAAAAUGCUUAUACAGUAGGAUGCGCCAAUAAACUGAUGGAGGAUGAAGGCAGACUUUUAACCUUCCAAGCAAUCAGCGUAUUUACCAUUUUGUGUGAGUUUUUUACAUACCAGGCAUUGCUCAGGUGUUUUGUAUAAUUCUGAAAGAUCGAGAUUAUUUUUUCUGUUCCUAACUAAUUAAUUUGUUUAACUGUUGUUUAGCAUAAUUUCCUAUGAUUAGACUUUAUAAAUUAAUUUACGAAUUUCAAUUCAUCUAUUCCAUUUAUGUCAUAUAUCUAAUAUAGUUAUGAGAUUGCACUAACAAUAGGUAUCCUACUUAGGUAUAUACCUACAAAGAUAUAUUACCUGAAACUUAAAAUGAAUCCCCACAGCCAUACACACAUUUCGAAAACUUUAGAUAUGAUUGGUAGGUAACAGAAAAUAUUAUUGAGCUACAAUAAUUUCCAGGCAUAUCUUAUGUAAAAUCUUACUUGAAAAGUGCUAAAUACACUAGCCCAGUAGGUAGGUACCAAGUACCAAUUUAAAAGAAAACGAUGACUUUAAAAUGUGGUCGUGUUAUACAAAGAAGUAUGUAGGCUCACGUAAUGGAGGGUCAAGAGAACGCAUUUGCCCUCUGAUUAAUUUUAUUUUUGACUCUGAUAUGACAUUAUAUUUUACCAAAAAUUGUUCGAGAAAUACUACAGCGAAAGACUUGAUUGCAAAAAUGAAUUACCCACUUAUCAAUUGCCAAUAAUGCGCAAUUUUCCAUUAAUUUUAAUUGUCGAGACAAGAACAAGUAACGCCUACUUUUAUUAUCAAUUGUGGUGUAUGGUACGUCUUUCUUUCAUCAAAGCCUCAUUUUGUUCAUAAAUAAGCUGUAAUCUACAAUAUACAGGUUAUCGUUUAUUUCUCGCUUUUCUUUAUAUUUGUUAUUAUUCCUUAAACCUUGUUUUGCUUUUACUUUGUGGCAUAGUUUUUUAUGCUUAUACAUUUGAUGCAGUAAUAAUUUGGUUUUGUUUUUGAGUUUAAUAAAAGUAUUCCUGACAAAAUGGCAAACCUGAUAUAUGAAAAUAUGAGAUUGCAAAGAAAUUUUUCCACUAGGACCUGCCUCAAAACGAUUACUUAAAAGCAUUCAUUUUAUUUCAAUUAUUGCUUUGUCAUGACAUAAUGUCCAAUAUCUUUUGAGGGAGAAAAAGUAAGUAGGUAUUCAUACUCAACCAAAAAGAGAGAGUGCUAUUUUCUACCCUCUUUCCGAGAUCUAGUACAUAUUUUUACUCUCUAGGGGUUCUAGAAAAGAAGGUUUUUAUUGCUGGAAUUUACUUGAGAAAUGACUAAAAUUCUCAUUGCCCUUUAGAAAUAUAAAGACACAAACUAAAAUAGAUUCUAAUUUUGAAACGCUGAUUUAUCACACACCAGCAGG